ACACACACACACACACAUUCCUGAGAUCUCCGGAACUUUGAUUUCUCUCGGUAUUAAACAUGGUAGUUGGGUGUGAGCUCCUGUGAUCUGUGAAGAACAUUGAGCAGGAAGGAAGUUCAGCAGCUCUGCUCGCUCUUCUGCUCUUCUUCCUCACUGUAACUUUAACUCUUUAACUCACUUUUCCUCUCGCCAACUUGGGCAGAAGCUAAUCAGGCUAACAUCCGAGCAGGCGGCGGGAAGAAGAAGAAUGUCGUCAGAAGAAGAGAGAUACAAGCUGGUGGUGGUGGGUGGAGGAGGUGUGGGGAAAAGCGCCCUCACCAUCCAGUUCAUCCAGUCGUACUUUGUGUCUGACUACGACCCCACCAUCGAGGACUCGUACACCAAGAUCUGCACCGUGGACGGGAAGGAGACCCGACUAGACAUUCUGGACACAGCAGGUCAAGAAGAGUUUGGGGCGAUGAGGGAGCAGUACAUGCGUUCAGGAGAAGGUUUCCUACUGGUGUUUGCUUUAAAUGACAGUGGAAGCUACAACGAAAUCCAGAAGUUACACACUCAGAUCCUGAGGGUUAAAGAUCGAGAUGAUUUCCCCAUGGUGCUCGUAGGCAACAAGUCUGAUCUGGAGCAGAACAGAGUGGUUUCGAGAGAAGAGGCCAUGUCUUUUGCCAAAGAGAACCGGAUCCACUAUAUGGAGUCAUCAGCAAAAAACCGCUAUAACGUGGACGAGGCUUUUCUGGAGGUGGUGCGAGCAAUAAGAAAGUUCCAGGAGACAGAAUGUCCUCCUCAGCUUGCGAAUCACUCUGGGAGGAAGCAGAAGGGCAGUGGAUGUCCCUGCACCAUCCUCUGAUCACCUACACCCACUGUCGCCAUGGAGACUGAAGCCCCAAAUCCUCCUCAUUCAAAAGUCUGGUGCCUUGUGUGUGUGUGUGUGUGUGUGUGUUUUGUCAGUCAGGAGUGUGUUAUCAUGAUGGAGCAAAGGUGUUUAAACAUAUAUCUAUUUUUCAUUCUGCACUUUUUUUUACAUUAAGUACAUUUUAAAGUAUAUCUUUUUAUUUGAUAUGAUUAGUUUAUAGGUUUUAAUGUUUGUGUGUGUACAGCAGUGUAGUGAGCAACGAUGCACAGAGCUAUUCAAACUCUGUGUGUGUGUCUAUUCAUGUGUACACACACACACACACACACACACACACAGUGGAGAGAACAGAGCAGCACACUGCAGGUUAGUGCUGUAAUACUUUGUGAGCAGGUUGUUAUAACCCCACAAUAAUCAGUGUGUUCCAAUCUAAACUGUCAUUUUCCUUCUUAUCUACAAUUCAGGAAUAAAAUAUACGUCGUGUAACAAGCAGCAGGUGAAUGAUCAGUAACUUCAUGCUGUGUGUGUGUGUGUGUGUGUGUGUGUGUGUGUGUGUGUGUGUGUGUGUGUGAAACCCAAGGUUUCAUCAGUUCCUCAGUUACUUCCUGCAGUCCUAUAAAACCUGUAUACAGAUGUUGGGAGGAGAAACUGAGUGUGUGUGUGUGUGUGUGUGUGUGUGUGUGUUUAAUUCCUUUUUUACUCAUUUGAGUAUUACACCAUUAGAGAGUUCAAAACCAGUAUUUAUCAAUCAGUCCUGCAGUGUUCCCUCCCAGUUCCUCCCAUACGUCAGUGUGUGUGUGUGUGUGUGUGUGUGUGUUUAUAUUCCUGAUGAUCAUGAUGAGAUGAAGUGGUGUUGAACUGAACGCUCCAGUUAUAGUUUACACACCUUUUCAUUACGUGACAGUAGUUUAACACUAAACCAGUUUAAUGUAGUAUUGUACACAGGGUUGGGCUUUUGUGUGUGUGUGUGUGUGUGUGUGUUUGCAGGUACUCCUUUAAUGAAUUAAUAGAAGUCUUUACUGUUUGUGCUUUAAAGAAAAACUGUCAGCUGCUGCACUGCUCUUCCCCCAGCAGAGGGCGAUGUACACACACACACACACACACACACACACACACACACACACACACACACACACACAGUCACUUCAAACUUUACAUCAAGCAGCCUGUAGCUCAGAGGUGUGUGUGUGUGUGUUUGAUAGUGGUAUUAAUGCUCCAUGCAGUACAGGUCUGUAUUAUUUCACUCGCUAAAUCAAACUCAUCAGUGGCUUCUCUUAUAAAAAACAUUCACCUUUUAUUUUAUACUGAAAUCAAUGUAAAAACUUUUGUACACAAUUAAAGUGGUAUUUACUUUAAAA